UGAUACGGUUGAUGAGACGGUUGAUGAAACGAUUGAUGAGCAGCGGCCCACAUGCACACCUGAUCAAUUCACUUGUCUGUCAGGGGCUAUCGCAUGUAUACCCGUUGGAUGGCGGUGUGACGGUCUCCCAGAAUGUGACGAUCAGAGCGACGAAUUGGAAUGUGCUGACCAGCGGCCUAGCUGCCAGGCUGAUCAAUUCAGGUGUAUCUCUGGGACUAUGCCAUGUAUCCCGAUUGAUUUGCUGUGCAAUGGUCGACCAGAAUGUUCGGAUGGGAGUGACGAGUUAGAAUGUGUUGUUACUGGACAACCUCCACUGCAGAACUCAUCUUCAGUAGUCAUAGGUGGUCGGAGUAAGUGUGAACCCCUGACUAUGCCGCUCUGUCUGCAGAAUGGAGUUCAAUACACAGAAACUAUCUUCCCUAACCUAGCUGGUAUGAUGACACAACAAGAUGCUAUAGUUGCUUCCGAGAGUUUGGCCCCAUUGGUGGCAAUAGGCUGUGGUCCCAUAGCAGACUUUGUGUGUACGUUGUUCGCUCCACCGUGCCUUGAGGUAGGCGAUGUAUCCGUACCAGUACCUCCAUGUAGACAUGUCUGCGAGGAAGCUCGAGAUCAAUGUAUGCCCAUCUUCCAAACUGUUGGUAUGCCAUGGCCCGAUCAAUUUGAAUGCUCAAGGUUUCCUGCCAUAGCAACCGAAGGACCAGCUAGGUGUGCCGAACCUGAAAUGAGGGUACUCGAUGCAUUGAACGAGGCUCAAGAGGUAACGGAACAGCAGGAACCUGAACUAUGUUAUGACGUCACAGUACCCGAAUGUCGUCAGAUGGGAUUCACUCAUACAAAGUUCCCCAACAUCUUCGGUCAUACCACACCCGAGGAGAUGGCUCAAGAUAUGACGUCACUAACUGGACUUAUCCUAUCGGGAUGCUCAGACGACCUUCUGCCUCUCAUCUGCGCAGCUUACCUGCCCAAAUGUGAUUCUGAGACUGGUGACGUCACCAAACCUUGUAAAGAGACUUGUAGAAGGAUCUCCAAGGAUUGUAAAGAUGCGAUGAAAGAGCUGUCCAUUGGACGAUUAGAUAUCUUCACAUGUAGGAACUAUCCAUCCAAGAAAGACGGUGAAUGUGUGGAGGAUGUCCGUGCACCUGCUGUCCCAGUUAUAAUGAACAUCUCGAGACCUGCCGUAUCUCAGGCACAGAUCUUCUCCCAACAACCUGACAUUCCUAACGUUAGCUUUAACGGUCUCGAGAUCACAUUCUUCAACUCCGCGGGAGAUGAUGAGGGCACCGUGGUCGUUGAUACAGAGGACGAAGCUACCAUCGAUCUCAUGACGCAGUCCCAGUAUACCUUGUUGGUCCGUGCCGUCAAUGAUUGGGGAGCUAGCGCAUACGUGGAUGCCACAGUACCUGAAUAUGUUCAGCGCGCUGAUCACUGUGAAUCAGUUUCUACUCCUAUAUGUAUGGAUAUGAAAUAUGACUUCACCCAGUUCCCGAAUCUCCUACAGCAUGCAAACCAGGACGUUGCCUAUUUGGAAUUAUCGCAGUUUGCUCCUCUCAUCCAAGUCCAGUGUUCGUUGGAUCUAGAGGCUUUCCUCUGUGCAGUCUAUAUGCCUCCAUGUACAGGUCAAUCAAGCCCACAAGGUAUCAAGCCGCCCUGUCGGGAGCUGUGUGAGUCUUCUCGUGUAGGCUGUUUACCACUGAUGACUAAGUUUGGAUACACUUGGCCUGAAACAUUGGAUUGCGAUCAGUUUCCUUUAGGAUCAGAAGUCGGCAAGAACUGCUUCUCCAACGAGGAACUAACUCUCCGGCCAGGUCAAGGACACAUAGAGAAACAAAUCAACUCUUCGGUUACUGCAUACUGCUCUUCAUCAUCUCCGGAUAACCGGCCAGAGUGGAUGAAUCCUGGAGGCGAAUCUGUAUCCAUGAAAACACGUGACAUGCCUGCCGUUGAGGGCGUCGCAUAUAGUGAACACAUCGGUUCCCAGACAGCUGCUCUUACCAUUCCAUCGCUAUCAGUAGAAAACAUGGGUGUCUAUUCAUGUAGACUAGGCAACGAAGAACAAACCAUGGAUAUCUCUCUACCAAGAUCGUGUGAAGCCCUUGAAUCAGCCCAAUGUGACAUGGUGCUACCAUACUCUGCAUCACUCUAUCCUAACUCUAUGGGUCACAUGACACCCACUGAAGCUGAGUUAGCAUCCUUUGAGUUCUUACCACUCCUAGCUAUGGGUUGUUCACCAGUCAACUUACCACUCUUCGUCUGUUCCCUUCACUUCCCAUCAUGUGGAGAUGCCCCGGUCUUACCGUGUUCGGAGCUAUGUCGGGCAGCCAUGACAGAAUGUUCAGUCUUUAUCCUUGGUAUCCAACAUGUCUGGCCAGAGAAGGCCCAGUGCAGCAACUUCCCUUCAAUGGCAGAAGGAACGUGCAUUCCACCGCAAGGUGUUUCAACGACUACGACCAGCGGGCAGCCAAACGAGGAAACCACUACCCCUCAGACAACUACCGUGGAGGCUACAACACCGGUCCCAUCUACACUAUCGGCAGUAGUUCCCGUACAUCAGAAUGUAACGAAUGCUACAACGGGUGAGCUUCUCCGCCGCUCCUACGCCAUCACAGACCGGGGAAUGGUGCAGAUGUUUCGUGGGUGGGUUGAUGUACAGGGCCAGGGCGCUCCCAACGAUUUCUGCAGGGUCGUGCGCACCGAUGGAAAGCCAUUCCUUUCAUGUCUUCUCGCUGGAUCUGAAGAAGAUGAUUUACUAGCCUAUACUUCCCCCAACCCCUCCGUAGAAUGGUUUGAUCCAGGUUAUUCCAAUACAUGGUACAUGAAGGAUGAGGAUAAUGAUGGGCGAGACGACUAUUGCAGAUGUAUUGGUAGUGUGCCCUCUACGUUGGUUGUCUGUAUGAAAGCUGGAGCAAAUGGAUUUGAGGGACCUGGCAGUGAUUUCUUACCUCCUAACUCCCCAGAGGAAUGUCUCUUCCACCAAGCCGAUCCUUUCUUUGGCUUCUAAUUGUCUCAUCAUUCAAUGUCAACAUUGCUCUUUAUACUCUAUCUACCAGGUAAACUUCUUCUACAAAGUUUGUUACCAUACAUUAACUCACAAGUGUUUGGCUGUUUGUAUAUUGAUCUGAUAACGAACAGGAAAUUGCAAGCAUUAAGUGUGAUAAAGAAUGAGAAUGACUGCCCUAUGGGAAAGCAUUUUACGAGUUCAUCUUCUUUACUUCUUAAUAAUGUAAUAAAAUAAACAGUAAAAUGAAUAAAUUGGUAAAAUUUGUAAUAUUUUGUAGACAAUGUUGAAAGAUUUGAUACCACUAAAAGGACUGUCGGUUCUCCAUUUAAACUUGUAUGAGUGACGCUUAUGUUGAUUUUUGUUGUGAUAAUGUUUAGUCUAAAACCUAAAUGUAAAAACCAAUAGUCUACAAUGUAUGCCUAUGUACUUUGUUCCUUGUAAAAAAAAGGAAACAUUUUACCUACCUCUAAAGAGAGAAAAAGAACGAAUCUGUAUUGGUGAUAUUAUAUUAUUAUAAUAUCAGUAUACAAUGAUCCUUAAAUAGACCCCAAACCAAGUAAAUACGAUAUUACACCGAUUCCUGCUGUGAACUAUUACCAUUAUAGUGAUGUGUUUUCAAUACCGUUUGUCCAUCCGGAUGACCUUUUUACAGUACACAUACAUGUAUAUCAUUUUCAACCGUGACUGCAGGUUUUUUUAUAGAAUGUAUCCUUAUCCUCCCACAAAAAACAGGCUCGAUUUUUGUAUCUUUUUCUAAAGAUUUGUAAAUAGAUAACAAUGAACGUUCAUUACGCUAGCUGUAUUAUCACGUGACUAAUAAAGAGAUAGAAACAUCUCAUUGAGUUGA